ACACUGUACGCGUAGAAUCUCGGCGAUAUAAAAGGGAAAGCAAGAAGCUUUCUGACGGUCUAAAGGAGGCAAAUUUUGUAAUUGAAGUAGUUAUCUUUCACCACGAGCGACUUUCGGGGUUGGUGGAUCUGGUGGACUGGACUUUGUUGGAAACGUAGUAAUCGAUUUCAACGAUUUCUUUCUCAAAUCAGUUUUGGGUUUAUCAGAGCAGGGAAGAUUGGAACUUAAGAAGAUAAUCGAAUCUUGGUGGGUGUUGGAGAGUUUGGAGGGUUGGUAGAGUGGAACUUGAGAAGAAUAACAGAGCAGAACAAUGGCAUUGGGUGCUAAUUCCCGUUCUGAGGUAAAGCGCAGGGGCCUGAACACUUCAAAUGUAGAUGUGCAAUAAACCAAAGCUUGGGGUUUGUUCACUGUAUAGGGGCAAUAGGAAGGAAAAGGGUUCUGGUUUCCAACUGUAUGAAGGCAUCGCCUCUCAGUCCCCUAUUCAGAACCGCAUUGGAGAAGCAUCAAGCUACAGAAAGUAAUUCAGGAAAGUCUCUUCUUGAAGCAUUGCCGCAGGACCUUCUGAUUCGGGUGCUCUGCAGUGUAGAUCAUGAUGAUUUGAAGGAGCUAUUCCAUGUAUCAAAGACAAUCAGAGAAGCUACUCUGAUUGCAAAGCAAUGGCACUUUGCCUUUCGAACUCCUGUGAAGCCAAUGGGUUUAAGGAGUUUCGGUGAUUUGGAAGAUGAGAGCAAGUUUGAUGCUCAGGAGGCACCAAACGCUCCAAGGCAGAAAAGAGCUCUAGGGUCCCGGCUCAACCGAAAGAAGCUUGCUGAUAUCUCUGUUGCCUUGUUUCGUUCUCCUCCCUAGGAGGAAGAUCGCUGGCCGAAGAAGAGUUUAGUCUUGGAAACAGAUAUACGAGGAAUUUUUCUGUAGAUCUUAUUGUAAACAUUACUGUAAAUGUUCCCAGAAGACCAGAACCAGUGUGAGUGGUUCUUCAAAUACUUCAUUGAAGAUGGAUGGCUUCUCCGCCUGUUUAUGUGUGUAAAUGUUUCAGUGUAUACUAAUUUAUUCUAUCAGAAGGACAUUUCUUUCCUUUA